GAAUUAUAAAAGGAGUUCAACUUCUGUCUUGCCCCAGCUGUCAAAACAUCCCCGUAUACACACACACACGCACACACACGCACGCACGCACUUCUGCAUGCUCAAAUGCAAGACACACACUUCUCAACACUCCACACACUCUACCAGAAUCUUAAAGGAUAUUUUUAAUUCUGGAAAGUCAAUAGAUCCUAGACAUUUCCACAAGUCAAAUUUCAGGAAAAAAACAAACAAACCACCCCUCUGGCCUUCAUUAAAGCGUGCCAUCCCCAUGAUGCCCUGGGUCACGGUGCUAAUAGCAACCAUAUCCUGCGCACUGAUGAGACAUGGCCACUGCCAAUCAAACUACUCAGAGGACUUCCUGUUCUCUAGUGACCCGGUUGCCAUCCUGCUUCCUGGCCUUCAUGCCACCCUCUCACCUCUGACCCCAAGUGAGGGUGUGAGCCCCAAACCUAAACCUGCCACUCUUGCCUCCUCAUACUUGUCGUCAUCCCUCGUUUCUGACAACAGAUCAGUGAGCGCUCGGCCUCUUCCUCUACCGCCAGCAUGUUUGCGCAGGACGUCUAUGAAAGUCGCGUUUAAGUACGUGAACACCGUGCUGUCUUGUGUGAUCUUUGUGGUCGGCGUAGUGGGUAAUGCCACGCUGUUAAGGAUCAUAUGCCUCCACAAGAACAUGAGAAAUGGCCCCAAUGCCCUGAUCGCCAGCCUGGCACUGGGAGACCUCAUCUACAUCGCCAUUGACAUCCCCAUCCACAUCUAUAAGUUGCUGGCGAUGAGGUGGCCGUUUAAUGAUAUGGUGUUCGGACUCUUCCUGUGUAAGCUCUUUCCCUUCCUACAAAAGGCUUCAGUUGGGAUAACAGUACUCAACCUGUGUGCCCUCAGUGUGGACAGGUAUCGUGCUGUGGCCUCGUGGAGCCGUGUGCAAGGUGUGGGAAUCCCGGCUUCGACGGCAGUAGAGAUCAUGUGUAUCUGGGUGUUGUCCAUUCUUUUGGCUGUUCCUGAAGCUGUGGGCUUUAACAUGGUCAGCUUUGACCACAACAAUGUGACUGUACAGACCUGCAUGCUCAAGCCAGAAUCACAGUUUAUGACUUUUUACAGAGACGCGAAGGACUGGUGGUUGUUUGGGUUUUACUUCUGCGUGCCGUUAGGAUGUACAGCUGUCUUCUACACGCUGAUGACCUGCGAGAUGCUGAAUUACAGGAAAGGAAGUCUGAGAAUUGCACUCAGUGAGCACCUCAAACAGCGACGUGAGGUAGCGAAGGCUGUAUUCUCUCUGGUGCUAAUCUUCGCUCUGUGCUGGUUUCCUCUUCACCUGAGUCGCAUCCUGAAGAAAAUGGUUUACUUUCAGCACGAUGCCCAGCGCUGUGAUCUGCUCAAUUUCUUGCUGGUGCUUGAUUACUUCAGCAUAAACCUGGCGACUAUAAACUCCUGCAUCAAUCCCAUCAUACUCUAUCUCGUCAGCAAGAAGUUCAAAAGCUGCUUUAAGUCAUGCCUGUGUUGUUGGUGUUAUUCGGGAUCUUUGCUGAGCAACAUGGGGACCAGCAUCCAGUACAAAAUCCCUGACCUACAGAAUGGCCUUACAGACCGCACAGCAUUGCGAAAGGACAGUUACACAUAAACGAUGAUGACGAUGGUCCAAAAGCAACUGAUAACACACUGAGACGAUGAACAUUGGCUGCAGAGAUGGCUGAAGAUUCAGAAAAGUAGCUGAUGUCUCAACUCAGAAAGACUUUUUUUCACUUUUUUUCACACAAAAGACCAUUUGAUCACUUCAAAUUCUCAAAUACAAACCGCAUGUUUUGUCAUGUAGAUAGUAUUAUUGUAGGAAAUGGCUAUAUUUUAUUCUAUUGUAUUAUUAUUGUUCUUAUAUUUAUUCAGGUAAAAACUUUAAACAGUAACAGUAAGCCAACAACAUCAUCAUAUACUUUUGCAAUAAGUUAUUUGGGGUUUCACUUAGGCUGUAUUCACGUUGUAGGGUUUUUUUUUUUGCGUCCAUUUCCAGUUGGGCGUAUAAUAAUAGGAUGUAUAUCUGAUACACAACCAUGUGACUGGUUAGAUUGGAUUCAUGUGGAGUUUUUUUCUUAUCUUUUUUUUUCAUCAUGUAAUUGCACAUCAUCAAGUGCUGCAAAAACUGCAAAAGCUCCAUGCCUGACUUUCUCAUCUUGGUUAUAAACUGCUGCUAAUCUCCACAGCACAUAAACUUUAUGAUGAAGGCUUGUGCUGUUGCUUUGUUCAUUUUAUUGCUUUUGCAGUGGACUGAGUUUCCCUAAAGAUCACUGUGGCAGAGCGAGCAUCAGCAACACAUUAUAAAACUCUCUCUACUAGUUAAAAUUAUCGUAACUUUUUACAAUACAUUGGAGAAAACUGCUCCAUGAUGGCUUGUAAGUCCUGUUUUCAUGAUGUGUCUGGCUCCAUUCAUCUUGCACUACAUCAAAUAUGACAAAAUCUUUUGUCUACAGCAUUCAUCCAGUUAACCUUUACCUCUCACCAUGCCUAAUGGUCUUGAGUAAUAUUCAAUGUUCCCAGAUUUGUACUUAUUAUUAUUAUUAAAUAAAGAGGUUAUUGGUUUGAA